UCAUGCAGCUCUCACUACUGUAGUGUGUCCGCUUCACUGCGCCGCUACAGGGUUGUGCUUGUGGUGGAUUACCGGGUGAGGAUGUGGCAACCCUCAGUUCUGCAGGAGGAUGUGUUGAGUAUGGAGGAGAAUCAGAUGAGUCUCACGGCGCGCUGAUUCACUCACACAGUGAUGUGUGGACGUGUGAAGGACAGCAGGUGCUGCGUUUGAGGCUCCUUUAAUAAGCAGGUGCUGCGUUUGAGGCUCCUUUUAUAUCGCUCCACUUCUCCAUCACGACAUCCUUCCUUUCUGUUCUGCAUCUGUCCCUUUUUCCCAUUCGUUCAUCCCUACACCAUUCCGUCUAAACGCACAGCAUCAGGAUGCCGCCACCAUCAGACAUUGUGAAAGUGGCCAUCGAGUGGCCAGGAGCUAACGCACAGCUCAUGGAGAUCGACCAGAAAAAGCCGCUUUCCUCCAUUAUAAGAGAAGUGUGUGAUGGAUGGUCUCUAUCUGGUUCAGAGCAGUUUGCGUUACGCUAUGCUGAUGGAGCUCAGCUUUAUAUCACCGAACAGAGCCGUGGAGACAUUAAGAACGGCACCAUCCUGAGAUUAGGCAUCUCUCCGACCCGAGCGGCUCGUCAGCUUCUUGACAGGAUUCAGUCUCUAAGCAUCGACGCACGUCUGGAGGCCCUGAAGGAACUGGCCAAGCUCUCCGCCGACCCCACCUUCGCCACCGAGUUCAUUAACAUUGAGGGAAUUAACACACUGGCUCGACUGGUGGAGAGCGGCACACAUUUUGGUGAGAUGUUAGCCUUCACACUCACUGCAUUUCUGGAGCUGAUGGAUCACGGCAUUGUUUCCUGGGAUAUGAUAUCGCUGUCCUUUAUUAAACAGAUCGCAGGUCAUGUGACCCAGCCCCUGGUGGACGUGUCCAUCCUGCAGCGUUCUCUGGCUGUGUUGGAGAGCAUGGUGCUGAACAGCUGCACACUUUACCACCGCAUCGCUCAGGAGAUCCCCAUCACACAGCUCAUCACACACCUGCAAGUGUCCAAUCAGGAGAUCCAGACAUACGCCAUCGCCCUGAUCAACGCUCUGUUCCUCAAAGCACCUGAGGAUAGACGUCAGGAAAUGGCCAGCACAUUGGUACAGAAGCAUUUGCGCUCCAUCAUCCUCAAUCACGUCAUUCGAGGGAAUCGACCGAUUAAAGCUGAAAUGGCACACCAGCUGUAUGUGCUGCAGGUUUUGACCUUUAACCUUUUGGAGGAGAGAAUGAUGACCAAAAUGGACCCGAAUGAUCAGGCUCAAAGAGAUGCCCUGUUUGAGUUGCGCAGGUUGGCGUUUGAUGGUGAGAACGACCCAACGGGAACUGAGAAGAGAAAAGCUCUUUACACUAAAGACUACAAACUGCUUGGCUUUACUAAUGGUGUAAACCCUGCUCUGGAUUUCACUCAGACUCCUCCAGGACUUCUGGCCCUUGAUAACAUGCUCUAUCUCGCUAAAGUUCACCCUGAUACCUACACACGGAUUGUUUUAGAGAAUAGCAGUCGUGAGGAUAAACACGAGUGUCCAUUUGGUCGUUGUGUGAUUGAGCUGACGAGAAUGUUGUGUGAAAUACUGCAGGUUGGAGAACUACCAAACGAGGGGUGUAAUGAUUAUCACCCGAUGUUUUUUACCCAUGAUCGAGCAUGGGAGGAGUUUUUCUGCGUCUGCAUCCAGCUACUUAAUAAAACCUGGAAGGAGAUGAGAGCCACAACUGAGGACUUUAACAAGGUGAUGCAGGUGGUCCGUGAGCAGAUUGUGCGUGUGUUAGCGAUGAAGCCGCUGACUCUGGAUCAGUUGAAGGUAAAACUGUACAGUUUGAGUUACUCAGAGAUCCUGAGACUGAGACACACUGAGAGGGUGAACCAGGAUGACUUCCACUCUGCUCCUAUCAUUGAGCUGCGUGAGAGAAUUCAGCCGGAGAUCUUAGAGCUGAUUAAGCAGCAGAGACUGAACCGGCUGUGUGAGGGGAGCUGCUUCAGGAAACUCGCACACCGACGCAGACAAGAGAAGAUUUGGUUUUGUCGUUUAUCUUUGAACCAUAAAGUUCUACACUACGGAGAUCUGGACGAGUCUCCUCAGGGUGAAGUGCCUUUUGAAAUGCUGACUGAUAAAAUUCCAGUGUGUGAUAUUAAAUCAGUGGUGACGGGAAAAGACUGUCCACACAUGAAGGAGAAAAGUGCACUCAAACAGAACAAGGAUGUUUUAGAGUUAGCUUUCUCCAUUCUCUAUGAUCCUGAUGAAACCCUGAACUUUGUGGCUCCAAGUAAAUAUGAGUACUGUAUUUGGAUGGAUGGUCUCAGCGUGUUAAUGGGGAAGGAGAUGUGCAGUGAUUUGACCCGUAGUGACCUCGACACUCUCAUUAGCAUGGAGAUGAAGCUCCGCCUCUUGGACCUGGAGAACAUUAGCAUACCAGAGGCUCCACCACCAAUUCCCAAAGAGCCCAGCAGCUACAACUUCAGCUACAACUACGGCUGAGUGUGUGUGUGUGUGUGUGUGUAUGUGUAUGUGUGUGUGUGUAUGUGUGUGUGUGUAUAUGUGUGUGUGUGUGUGUGUGUAUAUGUGUGUGUGUGU